UUAUUGCAGCUAGAUGUUUAACUUUUUUAUUGGCGCUGGGAGCCACUAUGGCGACGUACCACCCCUUCGAGGGUGUGGACCCCAAUACCCUCUCCUGCGACCCCGAGGGUCAGAUCUUCCUCCUGCUCCCUCACAGCGAAGAUUGCGACAAGUUCUACAUAUGUGCUCACGGACAGGAAAUUCUGUUCCAAUGUCCCGAGGGCACCAUCUUUGAUUUUGAAUUACAGGGUUGUGAAUGGUCCUGGGCUGCUAAAUGCCAGCUUCGUAAUCCUAAUAAGGAAGAUUCCAUUGAGGAAUCUUUCGAGGGUUCCGGAGACAGCAGCGAGGACCUUUGGUCUUCGAAGGACAACCCUAAGAUCGGUAUUCUCGAUUUGCUGAGCGGAGCUGACGUGAAACCGACGGAGGCCCAGAACUUCCGAACCAUCAUGGACUGCGAGAGCCCAGCGUCUGCUGCCAAGCAGCUGCCAUACAGAGGAGACUGCCAGCGUUACUGGCGGUGCUCGAACGGAGUCCCGCAGGCCGCCUACUGUUCCGACGGGUUGUUCUUCAACGAACGCACGCAACAGUGCGACUUCGAGGCCAACAGCCAAUGCGUCGACAGCCAGCACAACGAGCUGGCCGGGGAGUUUAUCGAGUACAAAUAA